AGCAAUACCAAUAAAUAACAUGUGGUUGUAGUGAAACAGUGUGUGUGUGUUUGUUAGCUGCGAUACGUGUCCGCUAGCUACCUGUUUGUAGUGCGAGUGCGUGCGACCCCCGACCCCGAAUUAACAACACCAGGCAGGGCUGUCGCACGCCCACUGCAACAGGAGAUGUAGAUAAACAGAUUUUACACGAUUAUACAACAGAGUUGACCGAUCUUGUUUGUGUUUAAACAUAGAAACAGAACUUGUUGAUAUCAACCAACCUGAAAUAGUAUUGGCAACAGGUCGACUCAUUCAGAGAUUCUCAAUGAAUCUGUUUAAAAACUCGGUGUAAAAAUAAGACGGACCGGAAUCGGGAGCAGUUUGGGGUGACUAAUGUGGCAGCCCUAGAGAAUCUCUGUUGAUACGUGUGCGGGGGUGGCGCGGGGCGGGGCGGGGGUGCGCGCGGCGCUGCGCGGCGGCGGCGGCAGUCCGGCCGAGCCCAGCGCAGCACCCGGCCCGGCCGGCGCCUCCGGAUGCCGCUGCCGGCCGCCUGCCAUGGUCCACGCCGGCCCGCCCGCCCGUGCGUCCGCCCGCGCGAUGUUCUUCCGCGACGCCGCCGCUGAGUCCAAGCCGCGCCGCGCCGUGUCCCCGCUGGGCAUCCCCAAGUCGCCGUCGUUCCACUCGGGCCUGGACCUGGUGGCCACUGCCGCCGACGCGCGCAACAAGCGCUCCGAGAGCGUGUCGGACGUCGCGCGCGCCUUCCGCUUCGCGCUGUCGGGCCUGUCCGCCGACAUGGCGGAGGGCAAGGCGCCGUCGCCGGGCGAGCCCGCGCGCCCGCCGCCGCCGCCGCCCGCCGACAAGGAGGGCCUCAUGGUGCAACUGCCGCUGCUGAAAGAUGCCCCGGCCGCGGAGAGAGAGCAGCUGUUCGUGCAGAAGCUGCGACAGUGCUGCCUCCUCUUCGACUUCGCUGACGAGCCGCUGUCGGACCUCAAAUGGAAGGAGGUGAAGCGAGCCGCGCUGCUCGAGAUGGUCGAGUAUGUGACGUCACAGCGAGGCGUCAUCACAGAGCCUAUAUACCCGGAGGCGGUCAAUAUGUUCGCCAUAAACCUAUUCCGGACGCUCCCGCCUUCAUCCAACCCGAACGGCGCGGAGUUCGACCCUGAAGAGGACGAACCGAACCUGGAGGCGGCCUGGCCGCACCUGCAGCUGGUCUACGAGCUGUUCCUGCGCCUGCUGGAGUCGCCCGACUUCCAGCCCAACCAGGCCAAGAAGUACAUCGACCAGAAGUUUGUGCUGCAGUUACUGGAGUUAUUUGACUCCGAAGACCCCCGCGAGAGAGACUUCCUGAAGACAACCCUGCACAGGAUAUACGGGAAGUUCCUAGUACUACGUGCCUACAUACGGAAACAAAUCAAUAAUGUAUUCUAUAGGUUUAUCUACGAAACGGAGCACCACAACGGAAUCGCGGAGCUGCUGGAGAUCCUCGGCUCCAUCAUCAACGGGUUUGCGCUGCCGCUCAAGGAGGAACACAAGAUGUUCCUGCUCAGGGUGCUACUCCCACUGCACAAAGCGAAGUCUCUGUCAGUGUACCACCCGCAGCUCGCCUACUGCGUUGUGCAGUUUCUAGAGAAGGACCCCUCCCUUACGGAACCCGUAGUUAGAGCGCUACUAAAGUACUGGCCGAAGACGCACUCGCCCAAGGAGGUGAUGUUCCUGAACGGGCUGGAGGAGGUGCUGGACGUGGUGGAGCCGGCCGAGUUUCAGAAGGUCAUGCAGCCGCUGUUCCGCCAGCUCGCGCAGUGCGUGUCCAGCCCGCACUUCCAGGUGGCUGAGCGGGCUCUCUACUACUGGAAUAACGAAUACAUAAUGUCUUUGAUAUCCGACAAUGCGGCUGUGAUCUUGCCGAUCAUGUUCCCCGCCUUGUAUCGCAACACCAAGAGCCACUGGAACAAGACUAUACACGGGCUGGUGUAUAAUGCGCUGAAGGUGUUCAUGGAAAUGAACCAGAAGCUGUUUGACGAGUGCACACAGCAGUAUAAGCAGGAAAAACACAAAGAGCGAGAACGCCAGCACCAGCGCGAAGAACUCUGGAGGCGGCUGGAGCAGCAGGCCACGUGCAGCCCCGCGCCGCCCCCCGCGCGCCCCGCGCCGCCCUCCCCGCCGCCCGCUGACGACCGCGCGCUCACCCACCACACCAUCGAGCAGGAGGCGCAGCAGCUCCGGAAAGGCGGGUACAACUCGAAGCCGGCGCCUCUCCUGCGCAAGAAGUCGGAGCUGCCGGCGGACUCGGUGACCGUGAAGGCACUCAGUGACCACAAGCGUGCCGACCCCUACCUGCCCACGCCGCCCGACGUCAACAACUGCUAGCACCACCCGCCGCCGCUAGAUGGAGCUGCUUUACGGAACGCUAAACGCCUGACAGCUUUUCUCUUCAACCUCUAUGGUACCCUGGUACUUUAUUCGUUCGUUCGCAAGCUAAAUUAUGCGGAAUGUUUUCUUUUCUUCGUGUCACUUCCACUUUGCAUUUAUUUUUAGAUAGUUUAGCGUUUCAUAGAGCACCAGCGGGUUGAAACAAUCCCCCCGUUUUAAAGUAUUGCAUUUGAACACUCUUGCCGUUUUGUUGGGCUGCAAGAGUAUCCAAAAUCCCGCGUAAAGCAAAUGGGUCUUGCAAAUUUUAUAUAAGAUUUUAGAUAAAUAUAUAAUACUUGCUAAAUGAUAGAAGUGCGGAGGAGUGGGACGCUCUGGGCAUGGCACGACACACAUUGUGGUCUAUAUUGAAGUGAAUGUUGCAUGUUGUUGUGGUUAUAUCCAAUUGUACGGGGCACUCAGGGCAUGGCGAAAAGAUGGUAGUGUUUGUAAGUUUACGUAAAAAGAGUGACAUCUUCAAACGGACCCGAAAUACGCGCCCGAGUGAAGAUAGUCCUCUGUCUAUUCAAUAUUGCUUCAGGCCCCUAAAAUUGUUGUUUAAUGUUAUACUACAUGUACCUUGUUGUAAGAGAGAUAGUUGUAACGAACACCUGUGUUAAAAAUACUCCGCCAUUUCAUAGGCAAGGAAAUGAGGGACCAAAAGCGAUGAUUACAAUUUCAUAUCGACUGAAUUUAGUACCCUGUCCUGCCCUAUUCGUCGUUUUUUGUCCCUUAUUAAAUCCAAGGCCUAAUAGAGUAACCGUUAUUGGAUAAUCAGCUACGUAGACUAUACUUUGAUAAUAAGGUGUUAAAAGUUAAACAAUUACUACGCACAGAUGAAAUUAAAUUGCGUCGAGUAAAGUGAAGCCAAAAUAUUUGCAACGUCCCGUAAGAAAAUGGCUACCCUUCGUUUGUAAACUAAAGGCUUGGGACCCAUUCGACUGUCAAUUCUGUUGCAAAACUCUGGAUAUGCGUAGUAAUAUUGUAUCUAUGGGAGGCAAGCGCCUGCAAAUCUAUCCUAUUAUAUCCUAUUAAGCGAGUACGUGUGUUCGAUAUUUUGUAGGAGCCUCGUCAUUCGUUAUGCGAUAAAACUCGCAGUUUCCCAUACCAAUUUGCCUGAUACUUGCGUAUACAUAGACUUGCAGACUUUUGUCUUGUAUGUGUAGUGAUAAUAUGUGUUUUUCGUUUCAUUGUAAAUUGUCAAUAUACAUCACAACGUGCGCGCGUUAACAUGCUUAAAGAAUUGUAUUACUUAAAUUAUUUUUUUAUAUAAGUAAUAUGUUAAAUUGAUGUCACCAUUCCACAAAACGUAAACCACCUAUGGCAGCGAAAAUAAUCAUGUUUAUAGUAAUUGGAAACUAUCCAUAAUUUUAAUAUUACCUAGUUAUAGCGGGAAUAAAAGCAAAUCAUGUUUAUACACGUCAGAGGAUUGUGUCGCAAAUUUAUAAGAAAACUGUAGCCAUUUAAUUUUGCUUGAAGUUUAUCAUAGUAUCGAUCCCAGUUUUAAACAAAGGAUAGUGGCAAAACUUAAACAAUAUAAUAUAAAUCUGCGAUUCAACCAUAUCUGUCUAAAUAUAAGAUCUAUUAAAAUUAUUGUUUAAUGAAAACCAAAAAUGCAUUGACUUUAUGUUUAGAGGAAAACUGUAAUGUUUAUCAUGUCCGAUUAGAAAUAGUUUUUUUUUAAUAACGCCUUAUAAGACAGUGCUGGAAACUAAAUUUGCACCCGAUGAAUUUAUAAAUUAUAGAUGUACACUCACGGUAAUGAAUUUGGCGUUUAUGUUUAUAUUUUGGAGGAAAUAAUUUAUUGGUUCAACAAACCGGAAUCAGUGUGCCAAAGCGAUUGUCAUGGGUCAUCAGAAUGAAAAAUCUUUGAGAGAGAUUUAUUUAUAUUUUUAUCAUUAUUAUUUUAAGAGGGAGUGGUUAAAGCACCUAUAUUGCGAUUAUAAUCAUAAUGGUUUAACUAUUUCCAUUUUAUCUUGAAAGUAUCUAUCUCUAUCAUAUCUAAAAAGAAAAUUCCCUCGUAGGAAUACUUCAUGAUAGGUGGAUUUCGAAUUUCAGUUUCUGUUUGAAUGUAUACAAAAAGCUUCUGGCAAGCAAUGUGCAAUUCCUUGUUAUUUAUAUACUUUUUCCGUUAUAUUUGUAAAAAUAAGGUCAAAAUCUCCGUGAGUGAUAAUAUUAUACAGAUCACACUUUAGGGAUAUAAUUAAAUUGCAAGCUGUUCAGUAAAUUGAUAAAUUUUGUAUAAAUAUUUAUAACGACACUGUAACUGUUGAUAACAAAAUAUUGUAACAGAUAAACAUAUAAGGUGCUUAUGAUUAUCGUUAUAAUACAAAGUUGUGCAUAA